ACACAGAAAGUUGAUGUAUUCCCCGCGCGUCAGAAGGGUUAGCGCACGAGCUCUAAGCUAGCGCGCGAAAGGACGCGUUUAGCUCCGGAUUCGGUAUUAGAAGUCUGAUGUUGCGAUAUUUUCAGACACCCGAUAUCAGCUCACGGUAACCGGGAGGGGUCUUAAGGGGAAAAAACAAAGUAGACGUUUAGCUUCCAGUACUCGCGGAUUCACUGACGCAGAUGGCGGCCACAGUGGAGGAGCUGUACCGUAACUACGGCAUUCUUGCCGAUGCUAAGGAGGACCUGAGCCAGCACAAAGAUGCCUACCAGGUUAUUCUCGAUGGUGUGAAAGGAGGCCCAAAGGAAAAGCGCUUGGCUGCGCAGUUCAUUCCAAAAUUCUUCAGCAGUUUUCCAGACCUGGCAGAUGCAGCAAUUAAUGCACAGUUGGAUUUGUGCGAAGACGAAGAUGUAUCGAUUCGCCGGCAGGCCAUCAAAGAACUGCCCCGCUUUGCAGCUGGAGAGAAUUUACCCAGAGUAGCAGACAUCCUCACACAGCUAUUGCAGACAGAUGAUGCAGCAGAAUUCAACCAAGUAAACAGUGCACUGAUUUCCAUAUUCAAAAUCGAAGCCAGAGGAACCCUUGGAGGUCUUUUCAGCCAAAUUCUACAGGGAGAGGAUGUUGUACGAGAGAGAGCAAUUAAGUUCCUCUCCACCAAAUUGAAGACACUGCCAGAAGAAACCCUGACCAAGGAAGUGGAGGACUAUAUCCUCACAGAGACAAAAAAGGUUUUGGAGGAUGUAACUGGAGAGGAGUUUGUACUUCUGAUGCGGGUGCUGUCCGGCAUGAAGAGCUUGCAGACAGUAAGCGGGAGGCAGCAGCUGGUGGAGCUGGUGGUGGAACAGGCUUUCCUGGAGCAGGCCCUCAACCCUGCUGAUGCUGACAGUGUGGACCGCCUGCUACAGUGCACACGCCAGGCACUGCCACUGUUCUCGAAAAAUGUGCAUUCCACUCGAUUUGUGACGUACUUCUGUGAACAUGUUCUGCCUAACCUCAGCAUGCUCACCAGCCCAGUGGCAGAACUGGACAUCCAGCUUGAAGUACUGAAAUUGCUGGCUGAGAUGAGUCCGUUCUGUGGUGACAUGGACAAACUCGAGUCCAACCUCAUGAUGCUGUUUGAGAAACUUCUGGAGUUCAUGCCGUUGCCUCCUGAGGAAGAGAAUGGGGAAAAUGCUGGGAAUGAUGAACCCAAGCUCCAGUUCAGCUAUGUGGAGUGCUUGCUGUACAGUUUCCACCAGCUUGGCAAAAAGUUACCAGACUUUCUUAUUGACAAGGUCAAUGCUGAGAAAUUAAAAGACUUCAAGAUCAGGCUGCAGUACUUUGCACGAGGACUCCAGGUGUACAUUCGCCAACUCCGUGUGGCCUUGCAAGGCAAAACUGGUGAUGCUCUAAAGACUGAAGAGAAUAAAAUCAAAGUGGUGGCUUUGAAAAUUACCAACAACAUCAAUGUCCUAAUCAAGGAUCUCUUCCACAACCCUCCAUCCUACAAGAGCACUGUUACUUUGUCCUGGAAACCAGUGCAAAAGACUGAGGCAGCAGCUGUUGUGGGACAAAAACGUUCUUCUGGAGAGGAUCCGGCUACAGGAGCCAUUGGAAAGAAAGUUUCCCCAUUGCCCAGGAGGGAUGCACGGCAAAUAUAUAACCCCCCAAGUGGAAAAUACAGUGCUAGUAUUGGGAACUUUUCUUAUGAGCAAAGAGGUGGGUUCAGAGGUGGCCGAGGCAGAGGUUUUGGACGAGGAAACAGAAGUCGAGGACGGAUCUACUGAAGGAGGACUAUAUAAUAUUUUUAGACAUCCAUCUACACAGCUGCAGGUCUGCCACAUGCCAGCAUCUCUACUGUUCUGACAGCAUCAGUCCUAUUCCUCUCCCCAUUUACCACUUACUGUAUUUUAUCCCUUCCCAGGUUUGUUCUGUUUUCUUAAUAUGGUAUUGAAAUCAUACUUAGUUUGUGUGCUUUUUUUUUUUUUUUUUUUUUUGGAAGUUAAAUAAGGCAAAUGUGUAAUAUGUACUUUUGAUUGUAUUUGUAUGGUGGCAGAUCUUUUUGUAAUUUUUUUUUGUAGUUUUUCAGUGUUUUGUUGGAUAUUGUCUUCAAAUGACUUUGUAAGAUACACUUGUUUUGAUCUGCAUUUUUAUUAUAAACCAGUCCAGUCAAAAAAAAAUUUCCUGUCACUGGUAAUUUUUGGAAAUUGCUAUUUACAUUUAUACCAGAUCUCCUCCUAUGCCGUCACUUUGGGCUUUGCAGUUUUGGAUGUAUAAGGAAAGGGAGCCUAGUAUUUUUAGUGAUGUAAUCCUUGAUAUUUGUCUUGAUGGAUGUUAGUUGCCAUAAUUUAGCUUCAAAUAUUGACUGAUUUUCUUAAAAUGUUCAGGUAACUUUUUCAAAUUUGAGGUUCUAUUUUGAAUUUCACUUUUUUGCAUGCAUAUUUUACAUCAGUUGGAAUAGUUAUUUAAGUAUUUUGAAUAAAAACUAUUGGUACUUCUA